CAUUCCACAUAUUCCACAUCAAGUAAUUAUCUGGGGUCCGAUUCGUGUUAAAAUGUCUUCUUUCUUACUAGGUCAAGAGGGUCCGGUUUUGUUGAACUCGAUUCAUCCUCCUAAAUGGAAGUGACACCCGUGAUAAAAAAAUCAUUUUCUCUACUUUUACGCUUCAAAAUCGCACUUUGUAAAAUGAACACUUGUGAAGUUGUGUUGAAAUCCCUUCGAGCUUUGGCUCACUCUCUAGCGACCCAUUUUUCACUCUCAUGGAACAAGUUAAGGACCACUCCCACACCACCUCACCUACAAGAUAUCAUCUACAAAGAGUUUGUGACCAUUGAGGAGACAAACAUGGUCAUGGGCCAACUAGGGAUCCAGCCGUACAAUGGUCAUGAUGGCAGUAUCGACGUUUUGUCUGUGUUUGAUGACGAGGAACCAAGUUUGGGUGAAGUUAAGGUAGCUUUUGAUGUGUUUGAUGUGAACUCAGAUGGAUUCAUUGAUGAGUUUGAGUUGCAAAGAGUGUUGUGCAAUCUUGGACAAACAGAAAUGGCAAAGUUGGAGGAAUGUAGAAAUAUGAUCAAAGGUUUUGAUGUCAAUGGGGAUGGAGUCAUUGACUUUGAUGAAUUUGUUAAGCUCAUGGAGACAUGUUCUUUCUAAAAGGUGGCUACUUUUCUUUUGUUAUUUACUUAUGAUGAAUGAUGAUAUGAUGUUGCAUGUUCUCGAAAGUUGUAGCCAAUGAAUGGAUGCCAAGUAAUUAAUAA